UGCUCCGGUGCUGGAGAGACACGACGCCAUCUUCAGCUGCUUCACUUCCGUUCUGCUGUUUUGUUUUACUGGAUGUGAGCAGGCAGGGAUCUGUCAGUACAGCGAUCAUGGGAAGAAAGAAGAAAAAGCAAAUGAAGCCUUGGUGCUGGUACUGUAACAGAGACUUUGAUGAUGAAAAGAUACUCAUUCAGCAUCAGAAGGCCAAACAUUUCAAGUGCCACAUAUGUCAUAAAAAGCUGUACACGGGCCCGGGGCUUGCAAUCCACUGUAUGCAGGUACACAAAGAGACCAUUGAUGGGGUUCCUAAUGCAAUACCUGGAAGAACAGAUAUUGAGCUGGAAAUAUAUGGCAUGGAGGGUAUUCCUGAAAAAGACAUGGAAGAGAGAAGAAGAGUGCUAGAACAAAAGAACCAAGAGACUCAAAAGAAGAAGCAGAACCAGGAUGACUCUGAUGAGUACGAUGAGGAUGACGAGCCUGGUCCCUCCUUCCAGCAGCCUGCCGUGGGCCAGCCCCAGGCAGGCUACAUCCCCCCUAUGACCCAGCACGGCAUGCCUCCUGGCUCUGGUGCUCCAGGGAUACCACCGGGCAGCUACUCAGGAAUUCCCCCAAUGAUGCCAGGUGUGCCUCCAAUGAUGCCAGGAAUGCCCCCCGUACUGCCAGGAAUGCCUCCAGGGAUGAUCCCAAUGGGUGGGAUGAUGCCUCCAGGUCCAGGGAUGCCUCCAAUGAUGCCAGGUGUGCCACCAGGCAUGCCUCCUCCUGUGGGCCACCGUCCAGGCAUCACACACAUGGCUCAGGUCCCCCCUGCUGCAAACAUGCUGACUAGACCUGCUGUUCCUGCUGCAGCAGCCCCUUCAGCCCAGCCUGAUGUCACUAAGCCUCUUUUCCCCAUUGCUGGACAGAUGGGCAGUCGCGUUGCAAGUACAAGUGCAGGCUCAUCAAGUGCAGACUCUCAGUCUGUCGCAUCACAAAGUCAGCAGCCAAUGUCAGGGUCCCCCCACCCUCCCCCCUCUACCUCCUCUGAUCCUUCAAAGCCCACAUUCCCGGCCUACACUCAGGCCACCGUAGCUGUGGCCAGCCCCAACGCUGGCAGCAGUACAGUCUCCAAACCUCCCUCUACUGUGACCAGUAAGCCCGCCACCCUCACCACCACCAGUGCAACCAGUAAGUUGAUCCACCCUGAUGAGGAUAUCUCACUGGAAGAGUUGCGGGCUCAGUUGCCCAGGUACCAGCGGAGUAUUCCCCGCCAAGCCCAGACCACCGCUGCUGCCCCGUCAGUGGGUCCUGUGGGUGGCAUGAUGGCUCCUCAGCAGGCCGGCAUGAGGCAUCCCAUACCUGGACAGUAUGGUGGUCCACCCCAGGGGAUGCCAGGCUACAUGCCAGGAGGGAUGCCUCCAUACGGACAGGCCCCUCCUGUGGUCCCCCCAGGCUACCAGGGAGCUCCUCCACGGCCACCCAUGGGUAUGAGACCUCCUGUCAUGUCUCCAGGAGGUCGCUACUGAAGCCUGCCUUCCUCUCUUCAAUAGGUUUGGACACUCAACCCUUUUCUAAUGUCCUCAGCUGCUAGUAGACACACCAGUAUUGGUAUGCUAGUACCACGACAUACUGUUUAUUCUACUACUGAGCUAUGAGGAAGAGACACUGAAUAAACAGCAAACAAAAGAGCUAUAGAAGCAUCUCAGAGCGCAUGGGAAAUAUUUACACUGUACCUAACCAAGACUUUGAACUGUUGUUUCAAACCAUCUCUGUUCUGUGGCUUUUUUUCCUUCUCAUGUUUCAUUUAGGUGUAUAGAAGUGUAGUAGAUAUGGUUCGUAGUGUUGUGAAGGCGCUGGAGUUACAUGGGCAGUACACACCCUUAAUCAAGGCAAGUUUUAUGUAAAUCCAUUUCUGUUCUAAACUAAACAGUGAGGCCUUCACAGCACGUAGUGCUGUUGGACUUAGUGUCCCCAACAUUGUUUGGUGAGGGCUUCAAACAACUGUUUAUGCAUUUAUUCUGUUUUAUUCAUAGUUUUAAUGAGGAAAUACUCCCUCAACCUUAAAUAGAUGAAGCACUAAAUGAAAUGGUAUAUGUAUUGUUGUAAAACUGUAUUGUAAUAAAAUGUGGCAAAAAUGUAAGACUCUUCUUUGCGGGAUGUUAGUGGGAAAAGAGACGUCACAGCAGGUUUGUACUCCAGUUAUACCUACAUACUCACUGUUUUUUUGUUGUCUUGAAGAUGAACAAUAUUAGCAGAAAUGUGCAUCUAUGCUUUUGCGUUUGUUGAGUUAAAAUUAAAAAUGUUGGUAACUGUUUUCGUUUGGCUACAGGCAGUAUACAUUUUUUUUUUUUUUAUUGAUGCGCUGUACAUGGCACAGGCAGACUAGCCACUGAGUGCAUUGUGUACAGCUGCAUUACUUCCCGGGUCGCUGGUGGCUGCAGUGCUAAAACCCAGAUUUCUCUUCUCCCUGUAGCAAUGCCAUGGGGGACUGGCUGAGGCCCUGUCUCAGUGUAGCCCUGUUUCAGCCUGAGGCAAGUCUCACCAUUUUCUGUCUUCUUAUUCAUUACCAGGGGCCCUCACAGCUUACACGCUGUUGGAUCUCAAUGUCCCCAAACUUGCAGCAAGUUUGGUGAAGGCCCUUGUUUGUGUUGCGUUUAGGAACCUUUUUUUUCAGGCAUGUUGGCUCAUGUGAAUUAUAUUCUUUAUUGUUAAGCUCUUAUGUGCUAUUGAACCUGUGUCCUCCAUUGGUGAUUGGUGAGAGCAUCAGGAAGCUCUGUUUUAAUCUAAUAACUUUAUACUGAAAGUAUAGAGCUAUUAAAUAAAACUGUAUUCCUUUAGAAGCUUGUGAUAUAAACUAGUACAGUCCACAGCAGUUUAUUUUCCGAAACACUGAUUGCUUGGUCAGAAGUCAAAUCAUUUGUUAACACCCCCACAUACAGACACCAUUAACUGUCACCUGCAGCCAUAUGUACAUUAAAUGUUUGUUGGGAGGUUUGUGAUUAACAAAUGACUUUUCAAAUGCUUGUAAAAUUACCACUUAAUCCUGUUUGUUUCAUCAGCUUUCCUCACUUGAUCAUUUGAAUUUAACUACUUACAUGAAGGAGAAUCUCUACCAGUAACAGGUCAGUUAAAGCUGUAAGUACCACUGCUGUAAUUUAAAUUUCCGUCGGCCUGUAUUCUGUGUGCACACAUAUUGGGAUCUUAAUGUCUGUCACCUGGAGGUCUUUAAUCCACAACAACCAUUCUUAAGCAUUUUACACUAAUGGCAGCCAAUCAUUCAGUAUGAUCUUGAGGAAUAACUCUAAAAAAUGAUAUUUAGUACUUGAGUGUGCAACACAUUCCCCCCCCACUAGUUCUGCUUCAUGUGAUCAGCAUCUCAACAUAGUGCAAAUCAAGAUUAUUCACACCAAAAACAAAACUAAUGAUUGAGUCUACACUGGUAAGUAUGGGCUCAUUAUCACCUCUGUUAAAUAUGCUAAUCCACUUAAUAUUCAACAAUUUGUUGCUUAAACUCUGCUGUGUAAGAAAAUAUAGAACCAAGAUGAAACUGUUUAUUUAUUAGUACACAAAAAAACUUGCCUAGAAAGCUUUUACCUGCUGAAGAUUACAAUUAAUAAAAAGAUUUCAUACAUUUUCCUCUACUUGUAGUUAUUUCAUACAGCUUAGAAGCUUUUGAAGAGAGAUUUUUUUGCUCCGAGUCAAAAACUGAAGCUUAAUCAUAAAUAUUUGUUUUAGGUCUGUCCCUUAAAGGACUCUAAAUGAUUUUAUUUGUGAAUUCUGUGCCAAUGACUGAAUGUUUACUGUUUCUCCUUAAUAAAUCAGUUUGUAAAUACUAA